CCUAUAUCAUUUUUCAUGAGCUUGAGAGAAAAAAAAUGUGAAAAAGCUCUACUAAGAAGCAGCUUCGGUACGAAGCGUGAUUGGCACGUGAAGAUCAACGAAAGGCGAUUUGAAGAUGGCUGGAAAGAGUUUGCAAAAUAUCAUGAGUUGCAUGUUGGUGAUUUUUUGGUGUUUCGACAUGCGGGUGAUUUGGUUUUUGAUGUGAUGGUGUUUGAUCCGAGUUGCUGCGAGAGGGAAUACAGUAAUUUCGUUCAUGUCAAACAAGAAAUCGAAUCAUCAUCGUCGUCAUCAUCAUCAUCAUCAGAAGAAGAAGAUGAUGAAUCUGAUCUUAGAGCCUUGAAAAAGCAAAAGCAAGUAAAGAUCACUAUCCCAGAAGAAAAUGUGGAUUCAUAUGUGCCUGAAAAUCCAUACUUUUUGGUGAAUUUGACAGCUUAUGGUGCCACUAGCUCAAAAAAGCACAUUCCAAUGAAAUUCGCAAUGGAAAAUGGCCUGCGAAAUCGACAUGGCGAGAUCCUUCUUGUGGAUGAAGAAGGAAGAUCGUGGGUGGCUGAGCAAAAAUACAAAAAAUCAGAUGGUCAAGAUUACAUUGGUAAUGGAUGGCGUACCUUCUGUACUGCUAAUUACCUAAAAGAAGGAGACACUUUUUUUCUUGAGCUCACUCAUAAGGCCAACAAGCCUGUCUUCAAAAUGACCCGGUUGAAACGAUUUCUCAAGACCGAAAAAGAUGGCUCCUCUUCAACUAAAAAUCCGAAAUCUUCGGCCACCAUGAAGGCAACUUACGGCAGGAAUGGACAACCGAAAAUUCCAAGAGAUUUUGCGAGAAGGAAUAAUCUUACUAGAAGACAUGCGAAGAUGAUCCUAAUAAAUGAAGGUGGAAGCUCAUGGUUAGUGUCACUUGUGAAAGAUAAGAGCGGUGGAAUUCAUAUGGGACAUGGAUGGAGUGUAUUCGCAGCGGCAAAUGGCAUAAGAGAAGGCGACGCCUUCAUGUUACAACUCGUCAAGGUCGGUCAUAUGCCGGUGAUGCGAAUUUACGGUGUCGAAAGAGCUAAAAAGAGGAACAUGGAAAACAAUCAAACAGGGAGCUUGGAAGAUUUUGAAGAUGUCAAGGGAAUUAUAGUCAAGGAUGUUCACUCGAGCCGAAUUGAAGCUUCCUCUUUUUCAAAACCAAACCAAAAUUCUGAGGAAGUAUAAUUUUUAAACCAAAUAGAACCAGUUGGUUCAGUUGAUAUUUUGGUUCGGUUGCUAUCAAGUUGGUUUAUAUUAAAAAUUAAGUACACAUUUUUAAUGUUUAAAAUCAAACCGAAGCGAAAAACUAAAUUUUUGUUAUUAUACCAAACUGAAACAAGCCUCGGUUUUUGAACAU